GCAUUCAUGUUCAAUCAAUUAUUUGAGUGAAAUCCUCAUGACCUAUGUUUGUUUUCAUAUAUAAUGACACAUAAAUCACAACUCAUCAGUUCACUUGGAAUUUUAAGAACAUCAACCGAACAAAACUUUAGUGUUCAAAAUGUUUAUUAAGUUAACGUGCCUUGCCAUCGUCGUUGCUUCAGUAGCAGCUGAACACGGAAAAGCAUUUUCAUCACAACACGUCACUAAGUUCGAAGGCGUACCAGAGGUCCGCGAAGAGCACAUUGAAUACCACACUUAUCCAAAGUACGAGUUCGAAUACAAAGUAGAUGACCCGCAUACUGGCGAUAUCAAGUCGCAGCAUGAAACUCGAGACGGGGGUGAGGUGAAGGGUGUCUACUCCCUGCGACAACCUGAUGGUCAUGAGAGGACUGUGCACUACCGCGCUGAUGAUCAUAACGGAUUCCGUGCGGAUGUUAAAUAUGAAAUUCAUCACAUGGAACAUGAAAAACAUUGAAGAAAUUUAGUAUUGAACAAUUAGUUUAUAACCUAUCCUAUAUUGUUAUUGCUCAAUAUCUUGGAAACAGAAAAUAAUGUAAACAUAGCACAAGGCAUACCAAAUAUAUAAAU